AUUUCCCCCACCCAGUAUUGUCGCUCAGCUUGGAUCAUUGGGAUUAUCGCGACAAUGGGACUGCACGAGCUUUCAGAAGUGAGAGCAAACGCCACUUUGGACGAGGCCGAGAAUGCCUCGGGCGGUGAUCAGAGAUCAGAGUCUCUCGCAGACCCUGCAGAGAAGACAACCCAACGUGGAGGGGUUCAACUUCAUGGACUGGAGCGCUACAUCAACCUUUCGUCGGUAGCCAAUUUCGGUGUGAUUAUUCUUGGAUCGUGGCAGACCUUUGCUUUUACGUUCCAGUUUGCUCUAACAAAUGGUGGACCUGUUUCUAUGUUCUACGGAUCAAUUCUGGCUGGUGUAGGCUGUACUGCCGUUGGCUGCUCUCUGGCCGAACUCGCUUCUAUUGACCCAACGGUUGGUGCCCAAUAUCGUUGGUCUGCAAAUCUCGCCCCGUCAGCACCCAGAUUCUGGGGAUUGAUCCAAGGUUGGAUUACCACUGCCGCUUGGUGCUUUGCUUGCGGAGGCCCACCAUCACUCAUCUCUAACAUCAUUACCUCGCUCGCGAUCUUCAAUUACGAGAACUACGAACCGGAGCGAUGGCAUACCGCCCUGAUCAUGAUCGCGACAAUGAUCGUGCCCUUCAUACUCAACCUGUUCUUCCGCAGGUUGCUCAAUUGGAUUGAGAUGCUGGGCAUAAUCUUGCAUGUCGUCUUGUUCAUUGUCAUGAUCGUAGUACUCGUUGUUUUUGGCCCAAAGAGCUCUCCCGACUUCGUUUUCAAAACUCUUGUCACCGAUGUGAGUGGAUGGAACAACCCUGGAAUAUGCUGGGGACUGGGCCUCUUAACAGUCACCUUCUCCGUCAGCGGAUUUGACAGUGUCCUCCACAUGAGCGACGAGGUCAAGAAGGUCCGCACGAGAGUGCCUCGUAGCAUUAUCCUGGCGUGCGUGGUCAACUCGACCAUGCUAUUCAUCUUUGUGACCGUCAUGCUAUUCUACCUAGGUCCAUUGACCGAGGAGAUCACAUUGGCACCACUGCCAUUGAUCUACGUCUUGUAUGGUGCUACAGGCUCCAAGCACGCUACCAAUGCCCUGAUUGCACUCAUAUCACUGACAACUUUCUUUGCGCUCUUCAAUAUCUUCGCUUCGGUGUCGCGAUUGGUAUGGGUAUUUGCGCGCGACAACGGCAUGCCAUUCUCGAACUUCUUCGCAUACGUUCAUCCAACCCUCAAGCUCCCAUUGAACGCCCUCCUCCUCGUCGGCUUCGUCGUAACCUGCCUCUCCCUAAUCUACAUCGGCUCCGCCACCGCCUUCAACGCCCUCAUAUCCCUCCAAGCCCUCGCCCUCCACAUAUCCUACUUCCUCCCCAUCCUCUUCAUUCUCCUCCGCAAGUUGCGCGGCCCGCCGCCGCCAUACGGCCCCUUCAAACUCGGAAUUUUCGGCAUCCCGAUCAACAUCUUCAGUCUUUGCUAUCUGAUCUACGUUGUGCUUUGGAUGCCGUUCCCGACUUUGCUGCCGGUCACGAAGGAUAACAUGAAUUAUGCGGGGCCGAUCUUUGCGGCGGUGCUGAUCGGUGCGCUGGGUCAUUGGUUUAUUAGUGGGCAUAAGACGUUCCAGAUUCCGAUUAAUAGAUACGAGUGAUGGGUGGAAAUUAUGUGGUAGGUGCGGUGCAUUGGAUGAGACACGCUGGGUAUGGGAAGAUGGAUUGCUAUGGAGAUUAUGCUAUUGUAGAUAGAUUGUGGAUUGCCUUGGAAAGGGGUGUACAUGGAAUGAUAGUGUGCGAAGACGGACGAGAAGGAUAUGAAAACGACGUUCCAAAGAUAGAUGAGAAAUGAGCGACGAAUCCUACAGUACUGUA